CCGCUCGCCCUUUUAAUAUUAGUUUGUCGCGCUUGGCACUGGGCUUAGCUUAGCCUAUCUCCAUUACAAUUGCAAACACAAAUCGCAAAUCAUCCCCACGACAGCUUCCGCCGUCCCGUAUUGCGCCGGCCCACCCCCGAGUCUUGCCUUCCAGAAAAAUAUAUACGCUGCCUGGCCCUCGCAUUCCACUCGGCAAUUAUUUAAUAUUACCCUGGCUCCGGCUCUCCCUCAAUCGUCCUCUCCAGCUCCCUGGAGCAGACAUUGACGGCUGUCUUGUUCAUUUGUUCCGUGUAGCAUACAUACAUCAUGUCGUCGUCGUCCGGCCAGGCGCCAUAUGCGCCCGAAUAUGCUUCCUACAACUGGACCGGUGCUCCUGCGGAUUUCAGUCUGGCAACCAAUGCAGAUAUAGGCGGUGAUUCAUACACUGAAAAUUUGAACAAAUGGUACCAAUCCGGUGACCAAGCCUACAUCAUCGUUGCGUCCGCUAUGGUCUUGGUCAUGGUCCCCGGCCUCGGUUUUCUAUACUCUGGCCUCGCACGCCGCAAGUCGGCGUUGAGUAUGAUCUGGGCUUGCAUGGGGUCCAUGUCCGUCAUCACCUUCCAGUGGUAUUUCUGGGGCUACUCGUUAGCUUUCUCUCCUACCGCCACCAAUGGCUUCAUUGGCAACUUGCAUAACUUUGGUUUGAUGAAUACACUGGCUGCACCGAGUCCGGCUUCGCCACUUAUACCGUCUCUGCUGUUUGCUUUUUAUGAGAUGCAAUUCUGUGCUGUCACUGCCGCAAUCGUCAUGGGUGCAGUUGCCGAACGAGGCCGCCUUCUACCCGCCAUGGUUUUCACUUUCAUCUGGGCUACAAUUGUCUACUGUCCUCUUGCCUGCUGGGCAUGGAAUUCUAAUGGCUGGGGAUUUAAAUACGGUGUGAUGGAUUACGCAGGCGGUGGUCCCGUUGAGAUCGGCUCCGGUCUGUCUGCACUCGCCUACUCUUGGGUUCUCGGUCGUCGCCAGGAAAGAAUGAUGCUCAAUUUCCGCCCACACAACGUCUCGCUCAUCUUGCUAGGAACGGUGUUUCUCUGGUUUGGCUGGCUAGGCUUCAACGGCGGUUCCGCCUUUGGAGCGAAUCUCCGCGCCACCAUGGCCUGCUGGAACUCCAACAUUGCUGCUAGUUUUGGUGCAAUUGCUUGGGUUCUCCUUGAUUGGCGCCUGGCCAGGAAGUGGUCAAUGGUCGGAUGGUGUUCCGGCACUAUCUGUGGACUGGUUGCAGCCACACCCGCUUCUGGUUUUAUCACCCCCUGGGGAAGCGUUGUUUUGGGAAUUGUCACUGGCAUUGUUUGCAAUUAUGCUACCAAAGUCAAAUACUGGAUUAAGAUCGAUGACUCGAUGGAUGUGUUCGCUGAACACGGCGUUGCUGGAAUUUUGGGUCUCCUUGCCAAUGCCCUGUUUGCUACAGAUGCCAUCAUUGGCUUAGACGGCGUCAACGUUGGCAUGACGAACCCUACGACUGGGGGAUUGCAGGGCGGUUGGAUUACCCACAACUACCGCCAGCUCUACAUUCAACUCGCAUACGUGGUUGCCACUUGUGCAUAUUCAUUCGUGGUAUCGGCAAUCAUCGCCUACCUAAUCAACCUCACCCCUGGCCUCAAGCUGAGGGCUUCCGAGGAAGCAGAGCUGCUUGGUAUGGAUGACGACCAGUUAGGAGAAUUCGCCUACGACUACGUCGAAGUCCGAAGAGACUAUCUCGCCUGGACCCCGCAAAAGACAUGUCAGCUUGAAGACGGCCAUGAAAUCCCUCAUGCCGACCGGUACGGCAUUGAGGCUCACAGCACAAUGCUUGAGGCUCCCACACCCGAAGACAAGCGCAGCGAGGAGAUUACCGAGCCCCACGAAGAAUCCAGCAAUGGCAUCCCACCGGCACCGCGACAGGCGGCCCAGCAAGACCAUCCUGAUCCUCAUGGUCCUCCCGCGGUCGAGGACGAGAAAACUGCAUAACCGCGCCUUUUCUUGGUGGUGCCUUGUCUUGAUUGGCGCUCUUUCUUGAUUCAUUGUAUGGAGUUACUCCCAGGAGUUGCGGUCUGAUCUACCAAUUUUCUUUCUUCACUGUUUUGAUAAAUACCCCACCUCACGCCUCGCAUCCACCCAUAGCUACUUUUCUCCACCUUACUAUCAGCCUGGCUGAAUGCUCCUUCCUGUACCUCUACCGCUGUGAUAUAAACCAGGCGCAAUUUCGUCUCCUUUCGGUCAAAAAAGUGAUCUUUGUGGAUACAUACAUCAUCACGGAUUUUUCAUUUUAUUCUAUUCAUCUACACCUGUGUCUUUAGGUACAUACAUUAUGAUAGACCAAAGCGAUUUUCAAUUACUGUAUUACUCAAUAACCCUAUAUUCAGCUUAGAUCAUUUACC